GAUAACUACUUUCCGGAAGUGGCUAAGUUGCUGCUUCCCGUGGGCACGCGAGUGGAAAGCGCUUGACAUAAACAUAAUGCAGCUACAGAAGAUACCUUUAUCUAAGUCCAGUUGAAGCCUCAGCAACAUGGCGAGCAGAGACAAGAUCCUGCAGUACGAAUCCUUUAUAAGCGAUGUUCUGAAGAGAGACCUGCAGAAGGUACUGGAGCAGAGAGAUGGAGUUUAUGAGAAGAUCAGCCAAUAUCUCCAGCUGAAGAACACCAUUCAACGCCUGCAGGAGUCUGGAGACAGUGAGCUGAAGACUGAGGUGGACCUGGGAUGUCACUUCUAUGUCCAGGCACAUGUGGAGGACUCCUCCAGGGUCUUUGUGGCGGUGGGCUACGGCUUCUUUGUGGAGAUGAGCCACGCCGAAGCUCUCCGCUUCAUAGAGAAGAAAACCAGGCAGCUGAACGCCUUCACAGAGCUGCUCACCAAAGACUCGGCCAAGAUCAAGGCUAACAUCCGCAUGGUGCUGGAGGGUCUGCGGGAGCUGCAGGGUCUAGCUGAACUCCCAGAGGUAGACCAGCAAGGAGUCUAGGAAGGGGAGGAGCCUAAAUCUCUGUCUUCUUUAGACCUGUCUAUAUUCGUCAGACCUGUCUGUCUUCUUAAGACCUGUCUGUCUUCUUUAGACCUGUCUAUAGACUCUAGACCUGUCUUUAUUAGACCGGUCUGUCCUCUUAAGAGCUGUCUGUUGGUUUUUCUUUAUAAUACAUACAUUACCAACAUGAUGUGCUUAUGUUUGAACAAUAUGUAUAUACUUCUAUUAGAAUAAAAGUAGCUAUAU